GGCGGCGGCGGCAGCGGCGGCGGCGCUGGGCCGGGAGGAGGCGGCCGAGGGCGCGGAGCGGCCCUGCUCCCGGCCGCGGGGGGAGAUGGCGUCCUACGUGGAUAACAGCUUCCGCCAGGCGGUGAUGAAAAACCCCGCGGAGAGGACCCCUCAGGAUCUGGAAAUAGUGUAUUCCUACCUGCAUGGGAUGGAAGCCUUAUCGAAUCUGAGGGAACAUCAGCUUCGGUUGAUGUGUGAGACUGUGAGAUACGAAAGACACGAAGCCAAUGAAGUUCUGUACUAUCCUGAUGACAUUGGGACCUGCUGGUACAUCCUUCUCUCUGGGUCCGUGUUCAUUAAGGAAUCCAUGUUUCUUCCACGGAGCAGUUUUGGCAAGCGUUCUGCAGGAAGCUUUAGGCGUGGCUGUGAAUGCAUUGUUUUAGAGCCUUCUGAAAUGAUUGUGGUAGACUAUAUGGAUGAAAAUGAAGAAUAUUUUCAGCGUCAAGCUUCUCAUCGACAGUCUCGAAGGAGAUUUAGAAAAAUCAACCAGAAAGGUGAAAGACAAACAAUUAUUGACACUGUGGAUCCUUACCCUGUAGGCAAACCACCGCUGCCUAGAGGCUAUCAUACGGAAUGCACUAAAUCUCAGGUAUUGUAAUUUGCGUGUGGUCUCCCGAUACUAACCUCAGUUUAUGUGUGAAUUUGCAUUGUCACUAAUGAGUUUAUAAUAUUGAUGUGUUUUGCUUGGUCUUAUUCUGUUGUAUUUUGCACUGAUUGAGUAAAGUAUCCUACAACUUUGAACCUCUCAGUGGUUUAGGUGUUGGGACAGGCUGCCUUAUUUGUGCAGACCUAGGGGUAAAUGGCCCACUUUCUCUGAAAUGAAGGUGCAGUGUACUUAUUUUUAAGAAUGAGAGAAACUCUGGUCUUAACUCACCAGCUUUGCAAACAAAGCAAGGAAGAGAGAAAGACAGGCAGAUGGACCUGGUGGAAGCUUAAUUGCUACUUGCGUGAAAGUUUUGGGGCAAUUCAUUAGAAAUUUACAUCGUCAAGGCUAUAGAUGAAAGCUUUAAAUUGCAGAAAUCCCAACGUGAGAGUGUUUUGGGAGACCCCUGGUAAAAUUUUAGUAGGAUAGAAUAAAGGCUGAGUCAAAAAGGAAGUAAGCAUGCAAUAUCCCCUUGUAUUUUCAUAUCUGUGCGUUUUUAGCCAGAUUUCAUGCUUUUAUUUCAUUCUGUAUUUUAGCUGAUAAUUGGUGAUAUCUUUGCUUAUUUCUGUCAUGCCAAUAUGUGACUAAUUUGCAAUUUUCCAUAUUACUCAUUUGAAAUUUGGGGUCAAAUUGGGGAUUACCAGAGAAUUUGGAGUCAAGGAGGGAAAAAAAACCUGACUUAUCUCUGGAAACUAAUUGGUUAAGUAACUAGCGAAAUUUUAUGGCUGCAUUUUCUUGUUGCCCAAGAAAAAGAUCAUGAAUAAUUUAAUUCACAUUAGAGGAAUUCUACCAUCAGUAUAUCAUCUUUGGCUAUUAAAGUAACCUCGCCUGAAAGCACGAAAUAUUUGUAUGAUUUUUCAAAUUAAAAUGAAGGAGUUACUUUAUGGUCUGUAUAAGAAAGCACAUAUCAAAAUGCCACAGGUGACAUGAUUGCUGUAUUGUAUUUUAGAAGCACUGCUAAUUUUUUGAUGUAAAAAAUGUCGAUAGUUUAUCAAAAUUAUAUCAAGUUUUUAAAAAGUGCACCAAUGUUUUGCACUUUUAUUUGGUAAAUGUAUAUUUAAAAAUAUAUGACUUUAAUGUUUUAAAAGAUACAUCAUUGUGUUAUUAAUUCUCCUCUUUUUUUAAUAUGAGAAAUUCAGUUACUCUAAUUCCCAUGUAGAGCUAGGAAUUGAAUUCAAAGUGUGCACUGAGUUAUGAUGUAUACCUAAUGUACACUUUUUAAAAUCAGACAUGUUGCAGCAGUUUAAAACAGAUUCUAAUAAUUUUCUCCAUACACACAAAAUACUCACAUAGUACAUGUAGAGGGUUUUUAGGUCACUGUUCAAGGCAAGUGUGCAAGGUCUGCAGAGAAUAAGCAUUUUAAAAUGCAGUGAGAAGGCCGGAUUAGAGAUUACUUUCAUUAGCAUUUUCUUACAUUUUGAUGAGUGGAGGUUGAGGCUGUAUUUAAAACUGCCAGAAAAUAGGGUGCAACACAAAUCCUCAGUCUUCCAGUGGGUAAAGGUGGGAGAGAGAUAGGCUGAGAUAAGGUUCCAGGCAAAGGCUGGAAGAUGUGGGGUCAAUCUUGGUCUGACUUGGGACUUGGGACAGGUUUUACCUUGUCAACAGGUUCAAGAAUAGGUUGGGGGGCACUGUUUAUUUUACCUCUAAUUACAGGCCCUCUUUGCGCUAAUGGUUAAUUUACCCUGAAAGUUUGGGUGGGUAGUGAAGUCUGAAAUCCAUAAUACGAAAUGAGAGGAGGGAUAUUAGGACUUAAAUGGAGGAAGGACUUUCUUAAUUUUCACAUGACUGAAGUGAUGGAAGCUGGAACAUACCUGUUGUGUUAUCUUUUAUUCCUUUGUGGUUGUUAAUCAAAAAUUUUUAAAAACCCCACAAAACCCAACUCUGCUGUAUUCCUAAUUUGGAAAGAGCAACAAUUAUGCAGAGAUAUUAGACUGAGGACUAAACGAAAAACAUGUCCCAUCUAAACUCUUUAGUUUGUAUGUAGCAACUAACAUCUCCUAAGUUUGCAGCCUUCCUGGGCUAGUUGCAUAACUAAAAUGCUCUGCACACUUUGAGGUUGUGAUUGACUUUCCGCUCCCACUUCUGCUUGCCCCUCCAAACAUGGCUUUACUUUAUACAAACUUGAAUUAGGAGGAUUCCAACACAGUAUAAAAGAAAACAUAUUUACAAAGUUUCAUUCAGUACAAAAUUUUUGAAAUUACAAAAAACUAUCAGCCAUGUAAAAAGAUAACUCCCACACAUUCUGUUAGUCCUACUUUUCUACAUUGGGAAUGUACAGUUCAACACUGUUUAAUAAUUUUAUGUAUUGAAUUUUUCAGUAGGUUAGUCUUAAAGUUCUUGGUAUAGGUAUACAAAAGUAAUAAAAAUACCUCAUAAAAUUAAUGUAAUCUAAGUUGAAUACAAUGUAAUAAUACCAAACAUUAUGGGAUUAAUUUUUUAUUGUAGUCAGUGAUAACAUAUCUGUGGAAGUUUCUGUAGUGGCUCAGUGAGUUAAGAACCUGACUGGUAUCCAUGAGGAUGAGGGUUCGAUCCCUGGCCUUGUUCAUUAGGUUAAAGGAUCUGGCAUUGUUGUGGCUGUGGUGUAGGCUUGCAGCUAUAGCUCUGAUUUGAUCCCUUGCCUGGGCUCCUCCAUAUGCUGCAGGUGUGGCCCUUUAAAAAAAAAAAAAAAAGACAAAAUCUUUAAUGGGUAGUGCCAACAUAAUAUUGAUUCACGUAUGAGGCUUAUGAAAACGAGUCCCAUUUUCCAUAACGUUAUUCUUUAUAAUUAAGAGCAGUCUGUUUCUUCUAAUGGUUACCUAAUCAUUCCAAAGUUUUAUAUCUGAUAUAGAUUUUUUUAAGGUGAUGGAUUUAAGUUGGUUUUGUCUUCAGUUAAGAACUUCUUGGUAGGUUUUAGUUAAUUUCAAAAAAAAUUUAGGUAUUGAAACAUGAGAAAAUUGCAGUGUUUGUGUGAUUAUACAUAUUUAUUUGACAUUAGACUUAAUGACUUAGGCUAUUGUUCUUGCAUUAGAAAUAGGCAGUAUUUUCCCUCAUAUCAUGGCUUUGCUUUGGCACUGAUUAUUUAAUUUUUUACUGAGGUCUUCCUAGUUUGGCCCAAUAUUUGCUACUUAACAGUAAGAACAUGUGUUUUGUAUAAUAUAUCAAUGAAUAUUAAGGUCUUAGAAUUUUAACUUGUAACAAUCAGUUCCUAUCAUAUCCCACUUGACUAAUUUAUUCAUAUGAUAUUUAAAAUCUGUUUAUAUGCAUAUACAGAAAUUAUUCAAAUAUGGGGAAUUUAAUUACUGGAAUAUUUUUAUUCUUCAUUUUUAUCUUUCAUCAAGCAUUUGUUUAAUUGAAUCUUAAAACCUUUGUCUUCAAUAUUGUCAUCAGUGCCUCUGAAUUAUAAUAGAAUGGAAUUUCAGAAAAUUUGUGUAUUCCAUUUCUUAUCUCAUAGGAAAGUUCAAUUAGUAUUUUCAUUUACAUAUUUUAUUCAUUUAGUGAAUAUUUAUUGAGUGCCUAUCUUAUGUCAGGUAUGUGCCAGACUCCUUGGCUAUAAAGGUCUACAAGCAGACAGAAGCUGCCCUCAUUGACCUUAUGGUCUCGCACAGAACAGAUAAAUAAAUGGGCAGCUAAAGCAGAGGAAAAUCCAGGUAGUAUGGAGGCUCAGAAACACAGCAUCUUGAGGAAUUGGGUGUGGCUCCUCAAAUGGCCUUAGUUUCCUGGCUCAGGGGAAAAUCUUUAAUAGAGGAAAGCCCAGUAGAGACGUGAAAACAGAAUUGAGGAGUAAAGAAUGGAAAACAGAGAUAUGGUUAGACUCUUACGGUCAUUAGAUGCAAAAAACUCCACAUAUUUUGAUAAAUACCAAUAUGUUUUUGUGGUAUGCAUGCCUGCUGUUUUAUAUUUACAUCAGAGUCUUUUAAAGAGAAGUGUCAAAAGUAUCCUUUGCUUGUCAUGCUUAUUAUCAGCAGGUUUACUGGCCCCUCUUCACCUAGAUCAUGUUGCACUGUAAAAUCCUGCAGGAAGCUCCCUGGAAAGGUCUUUGAACAAUAGGUGGCCGGAACAGCCCUGAGCCACACGUGCUGCCAUUUCUGGCAAAAUGCAGCAUGUGAAAGCUGCUGCAGUGGUCUCUAUCUCCUUGCUUUGGGGGGACUGUUUCUCUUUCUUGCAGUUAUAAUCAGGUAUUUAUGUUGAUUUAAUAUAUACAGAUUGAAAAAUUACACUAUGGAGAGUAUGUUUAGAAAUUGAAAUGUAAAUCAGGAGAUAGUGUAAAAAAUGAUUUAUUUCUUGCUAUUAAGAGCGUGCAUUGCAGAUUCAUGCAAGGCAGUUGAGAGUAGUGUGCUGUGUGCUGUUUACACAAGUUUCAGCUUCUGUUAGAGGAUGUCUAUUUUUAUAUAUUACAUCAUCGCUGCUGCAGAACUCCCGUGGCUGCUGGGAUUUACUGUUCUUUCAUUCCAUUCUGAAAGAAAGCUUGUAUUGAUGUCAUAAUUGGACCCAUCUUUUGGUUGCACUUGGAAAUUGAAAGUAAUAAGGGUGUUGUGUAGCAAGUCAUGCAAUAUUUCAAGUAGUUUAUUUGUCAGAAAGAUCACUGCCACUUUGUCCUGCCUCUAAUUGUGAACACUGGUGGCUCUCUGUGCCUGCACAUGUUUUAAAUACACUUGGCUAAAAUUUAACUUUUAGUCUCAACAGCAAAGAUCCUUUCAUCUUCAGCUGUUUCAUUUAUGUGAUUCUUUCUUUCUUAGGAGAUUUUGCAGUGCUAAUAUGCUGAUUUGAAAAAUGUCUCUUUUCUUUGGAAAAAAUCUACUUUGAUAUUCAGAUCUACUUCUUAUAAGUGCAGAAUCGACCUUUUACAAUUAAGUUAUCAGUUCUAAGUUGUCUGUUUGUACUAUUUGAAAUAUUAGGUGAUUGGGUAUUCUCCUUUGAUUUUGCAUCCUAUGUUAAAACACCUUUCUAUCAGCUAAAAGAUAUUGUUGACUGGCCUCUGGAAGAAACUCUAGCAUGUUAUUCAAUGUAUGAAUGUUAAGUUUACAUCACUUGUGAAAUGAAGAUUUUAAUGUUUCAUAUUAAUUUUAAGAUGCUAUACUACUAUAUUGUGUACAUAUUUAUGUGUAUAAAUGUUCCUCCUUAUAGUCUCUCAUAAAAUCAGUCAUUAUCCAUAUCUCACAAGUAAAUUUUCUCCCUUCUUUAAAAAAAUUAAUUAGGAAUGAAUUUACACAUUAAAAAAAUAACAGCUUAUUGAGUUACAAUUCACAUACAGUUCACCUAUUUAAAGUGCAUAAUUUGGUGUUUCUUUUUUUUAUUAAAAAACAUGUAAAUUUAUCAUCUUAACCAUUAAGUGUAUAGUUCAGUAAUGUAAAGAAUAUCAGAGAUAGUGACUGACUUGAAGGUACUCAGUUCACAGGUGUACCUUGCAGCCUUUGUGAUUGUUUAAAUUACACAUAGGCUGAGAAAUAACUUUAAGAUAUUUUGGAAAAAAAUAAUUAAAAUUUACUAGAAAAAAAUAGGCUUCCUGAGCAAUCGUUUAUAUUAGAGAGAUUUCUUAUAGGCUUAGUGUGGGUCAGUAGCCUUUUAUUUUUUCCUAGGUCGUCUUCUCUUUUGAGUGGAAUACUGGUGGUAUUGGAUGUGGUAUGGGAUUUAGAAUUGCUAGCCUAGAGGAGAAAUGAUGUGACCACAGAGUGGGCCAGAUCUGAAACACAAGUUGCUACUUGGAAUAAACGGUGGAAUAAUUCCAAAAGGAAGGAUUUGAAGGUGAAAAAGGAAGUAUUCAGGUGUCUUGCUUUCUAUUCAAUGUCUGUGAGGAUAGCAGGAUAGUACUGAUAAUUGGUCACCAGUGGCUUUGGUACAAUCCGUAGACUUUUAGGAGUGAUAGAAGUGGUGGCAAUAAGUUGUAGCAUUUCCUUUCCACUAAUUAUUAACGUAUUUCUACUUUCUAUCCAUUUCUUUCUACAAAUUUCAACUGAACUUUCAAAAAACUGUAUUUUUUUUCUUUUGCUUUUUAGGGCCGCUCCUGCAGCAUAUGAAAGUUCCUGGGCUAGGGAUUGAAUUGGAGCUGCACCUGAGACCUGCCCCACAGCCGUGGCAACACUGGAUCCAAGCCGAAUCUGCAACCUACACCAAAGCUUGUCGUAACACCAGAUCCUUAACCCACAGAGAGGCCACGGAUCGAACCCACAUCCUCAUGGACACUAUGUUGGGUACUUAACAUGAUGAGACACAACAGGAACUCCUCAAAAAGCUGUUUAAAUCAUUGGGAAUUUUGAAAUACUCAGGAAACGUUUUUAGAAAAAAAGGAUCAUUUUGCUGUGUGUUAAUUUAUGAAAAAAGCACAUCUCAACUGUGAUGCAGAGAAUACUUGGGCCUUGGCGAUAUUCUUGAUGUUAUUGCCCUUGUCAAUGGUGUUAUUAAUGAGUGCUUGACAGUGCCCAUCUUUUUCUUUUCUUUUUCUUUUUUUCCCUUUUUUGGCCGCCCUGCAACAUAUGGAGUUCCUGGGCCAGGGAUCAGAUCCUAGUGGCCACUUAUGCCACCACUGCAGCAAUGCCAGACCCUUUAACCCUCUAUGCCAAGCUAAGGAUCAAACCUAUAUCCUGGUACUGCAAAGACACUGCAGAUCCCAUUGUGCCACAGUGGGAACUCCGACAGCUUUGGUCUUGUUUUCUCCUCAGUAGGAAAGUUUGCUAACCUCGGUACUAACUGUGGUAGGACCAGAAGGGUACCAGCAGUUAGCCAUCCUGCAAGCCAACUGAGUUUUUCAAAGAUUCAGCUGAGGUGCUCUCUUACAGAGUUUUGUCUUAAAGGAAUCCAAGGAUAGCUGAUGACUGGAUUUUUAAAAAGAGCUAAGAGGCUUCUUAUUUUCUAGUUCACCUCUCAGAGCAGCAGCUGUCCCACUUUUUGUCCAUCUCAGGACUGCUUUAUACUCCUAAAACUUUUUGAGGGCUCCAGCAGCUUUUGUUUAGGUGAAAUAUCUAUGUCAUUAUUUGGCUUAUUAGAAAUUGAAACCGAGAAACUUAAAAAUAUGUAUUCCUUGGUUAAUUAAAAAUAAUAAACCCAUUGUACAUUAACAGAAGUUUUUUUGUGUUAUGUGAAAAAUAACUAUUUUACAAAACAAAAACAGUUUUUGGAGUUCCCGCUGUAGCAAAGUGGGAUCAGUGGUAUUUGUACAGCUCUGGGACACAGGUUCAUUCCCUAGGCCAGUGGGUUAAGGAUCCAUUGUUGCCACAGCUGCAGCAUGUAAGUUGCAUCUGUGACUCAGAUCUUAUCCUUGGCCCGGAAGCUGCAUAUGUUUUGGGGUGGCUGAAAAAGAAAAAAAAAAAAAAA